AUGCCGUACUUGGAGCAAGCCGGAUUUGGGUCAGUAGCAUUGAUCCGGACGUUCGACUUGCGGUAUGAUUUAUUAUCUGCGCUAGUGGAGCGGUGGAGCCCGGAGACCCACACUUUUCAUUUUCCGUGUGGGGAGUGCACGGUGACCUUAGAGGAUGUUGCACUGCAGCUUGGGCUCUCAAUCGACGAUAGUCCCGUAACGGGAGUAACUUUAUUUACUGAUCCGGCUGCACUGUGUUAUCAACUACUAGGAGACUCAUCAAACGACGAUGAGUCAAAUUUUACGAGCUUGAAAUUUACAUGGCUGAAAGCCAAAUUUGGACAGUUAUCAGCGAAUGCCACUGAAGGUGAGUUGAUGUGCGCUGCUCGAGCGUACAUCAUGCAUAUCCUAGGGGGAGUACUGAUGCCCGAUGCAAACGACAACAAGCUGUGGCUCCACCGUUCUAGCAGUGUUAUAUCGGGAGCUUUGUCGGACGACAAACCCUUCUGUUGUAAACAUGGGCGGAUGCCUUACAUUGUUUCAGUCCUGGGCGCUCUAACGGAUGCCAUUUUUGGUAUUGGUUACUCACCAACCGUGGAGUAUUUAUCCGGGUAUCGGGAGGUCACACACUGUCCCGAUAUACCGACUCAUGAUCGAACAGCAUGCCGAGGAAGGGCUGUGAUACCCUCGUCUGCAUACGUUCAUUCUGAAAUGUGGUGCACUAAUGCACCAAUUAUAAAUUUCAAUGUAGUCGAGUGGUACCAUGGGGAUCGGGUGCUACGACAGUUUGGUUGCAUCCAAUAUAUCACGGAUCCGCCAUGCGAGGUGGGGGCGGUUCACGACAUCAACAAAAGAGGAAAACCGCAUUGCGGAAAGCCAUAUAUACUUGGAGGGCAGAUGACUAUAGUCCCCCCGCACAUGCAGCGACCUGGGGGAUCGUACCCAGCGGCCCCGAUAGAGGCGGAGCUUGCGGCAGAUCAUGAUCCUAAACCAGAGCCCGAGCCGGAGCCCGAGCCAGAUCCCGAGCAGUCACAUUCACAUGGGGAUCCACAUUGCAAUCAUCCAGAUUUGGUGGGCAAUGGCUAUAUUCCGAGCUUCUAA